AAAAAAAAAAAAAAAAAAAAAAAAUACAGUAAAUAUGGUAAAGAAAUAACCAGCAAUAAAAUGUUUUUCCUUUUUUUUUUUGUUUGUUUGUAUUAAAAGAAUGAACGACUCCACUAAUAAUAAAAAACCAAUUCAAUCACACCCCAAAAAGUCAAUUGAUAUUGAAGAACUAAGACGACUUAAACAAGCAAAGAAGGAGGCUAAAAAGAAACUUAAUGCUGCUGCUAAUCAAAACAACAAACAACAUAAUGAACCACCUAAAGUACUCGAACGUUUCUUUGCGACUGUACCAUAUCAAACAAGUUUAAAAGUUGUUUCGGGGAGUAUUCGUGUCAUGACGUUUAAUAUCUUGGCUCAAUCAUUGAUUAAACGUGAACUGUUCCCUGAAUCUGGUGAUGUACUUAAAUGGAAAAUUAGAAGAAGAAUGAUUAUAGAUGAAAUUAAACUGUAUAAUCCAGAUAUAAUUAGUCUACAAGAAUUGGAUAAUUUUGAAUCUUAUUAUGAGGCUAUAUUUACUGAAAUGGGAUAUAAGGUGAAAUAUGAUUGUCAUCCCUCAAAACGACAUGGUUGUGGUAUAGCGUAUAAAGAAGCCAAACUUAUAGAAGUGAGUUAUGAGACAAUUGAUUAUAAUACUGAUACACUAUGUCCACCUUCGUACCUUACAGGCAAUAUAGCUCAAUUAUUGGCUUUAAAAAUCAAUAAUGAUAUCGGAUUUGUGAUAGGCAAUACUCACCUUUAUUGGAGACCUACCUCCAAUUAUGAACGUUUUAGACAGACAUUAAUAUAUGUAAAUCGGUUCUUAGAAUUCAAAUCCAAGUUAAAACCAAAUAUGAAAUGGAUAUCUUUCCUUUUAGGUGAUUUCAAUACCACGCCUGAUGAUCCAGCUUAUGGUAUAUUAACAACGAAUGAAUUGACAAAAGAACAAACAGAAGAUUUAAAUGUUUCGAGAGUAUAUAAAAAGCCAAAAGAAGAUAAAGAAAUAGAACAAGAAGCAGAAGAAGAGGAUGAGAAUACGACAAGUAUCGAAAGUCUUGAUUCAGUAGAUCAACUUGUAUCAAAAUAUAACAAGAAUUGUCAAUGGGAGAGUAUUUAUAGUCAUUAUCGUGAUGUAACUACGAACAAAGAAGAACUAGGCCUAUUUGGUGAACCAAAGAUUACAAAUUAUACUGUUUACUUUAAAGGCAUAUUAGAUUAUAUGUUUAUACCAAAAAAGGAUCCAGUUCAUAUCAAACAGAUAUUAAUGCUACCACAGGAAGCUGAUUUAAAGCCUUCAUUACCAAAUAGGAAUUUUGGUAGCGACCAUUUAUGUCUUGUAACAGAUAUUGAAUAUUAGUAUAUAUUUGAAUAAAUGAUUUAUUGUUUCAAGUGUUAAA